AUGAAGAAGUUAGAAUAGGUGAAUACAUAUCUAAACAAAUUUGAUGAAACUAUUCUAAAAUUACUUAAAGAGUCUAACAUAAACACUAUUAAAAGAACAUAACCAAAAUCUAUUAUAAAUUCAGAUGAACCUACAAAAUAGUAGGAUGAGAUUAUAAACAAUUAUCAAUAUACACCUGUUUCAAAUUUAGAAAAUUCUUAAUUAAAAAAGUCUGAUUUUAUAGAAAAUACUAAUUCUUAUAGAAUUUGUAGAAGUAGACAAUAAAUAAAAACAUAAACAUUUGAAAAAUUUUAACCAUAACAAUAAUCAAUUGUUGUUAAUAGUCCAAUAAAUUCAGGAAUGUCUUCACCAAAUUAAGCAAAUACAUCAAUCAAUAUUGUAGAAAGAUUAAAAACUAUUGAAUAGCAUUAUGGAAAUAAAAUUAAAAUAUUGGAAGAAGAAAACACUCAAUUAAGAAAGUAUAUCUUCAAAUAAAUUCAGAACCUCUUAAAAUGAUAAGGUCUAAUUAUAAUCAUUAGAGUCAUAAGUGUAAAGAUUAGAAAGUGAUCUAAAAGAAUAAUAAAAAUUAUUUUAAGAUAUCCUUUAAAAGUAGUUAAAAGAUUAAAAAUAAUAAAUGUGUAUAAUUAUAAUUCAUUAUUUAUAGAAUUUGAAUUGGAAGAAUAAGAAACAAGAUUAAAAAGAUAAUUUGAGAGAUAAAUAUCAAGAAAGGAUUAAAAAAUUUAAGAAUUAGAAUAAUGGUAAUAAAAGAAAAGAUCACAUCAUACUGAUAGUAAUAAUUCAAAUUUACUAUUUACAUUCAAAACACAUGAUCAUUGA